AUGCUAGAGCACUUGACAUUGGUGGUGUGGGAUCCAUCAUCAUGGAUGAUGCCGCCGGGGGUUAGAAUGGAGAGUGUUACGAGGGUCUGGUGGACAUGAAGCACAAAAAUGCAAUGUGCUUCCUGUCAUUGAUGAAUGCAACUUUCUUCUGAUUAUAAUCUAGUAUGAUGGGGAUGCGACCGUUGAUGAUGCCAUGAAAGUUGAAGAUUCUCUAGAAGAGGGAAAUGUAAUUGCCCUUUCAGGAGGACAGGGGAUAAGAUAUCAUUAUGGUGCCCUGACUAACCCAAAGACGCUCCAAUGAUAAAGAUGGCCUAUAGAAGGGCUGCUCCGAUGCCUAACCAUGCAACUCAUAUAUUUAAAUUCUAAAAGAUAUCAAUUCUAUGCAGGUCCUGCCAUGUGUGCAAAACCUAAAAAUGUGAUGUGGAGAGAUGGAUAUACAGUAAUCUGGUUGAAAUGGAUCAACCAACUGAUUUUCCAGUCCGUCACAAAAAUCUCUCCGUGGAUAUUAAGGGAAAUAAAACAGACGUAGUGCUCUGCAGCUACGAUGAUCACUUUCUAGUUAUGGCGACCCAGAUAGGAAGUAUGGGAACAAUACUAAAUGCAAGGAAGGAAGAAGGCAUGUCAGUCAAUCCAACUUUCAAUGUGUCAGUUAUAUUUGGUAAACGAGAUGAGCCGAUGCUGGUAGCAUGCGCACGCCAACUGAUCGAGCACAUAAGUAGCUGUGGUUCAUCUAGGCCGUUGGUGCUCUCUCUCGGUCUCAAGGACCACUCUCUGGAGACGCUGAAAGACAUUGUUUCUGUUGUCAUCGAGAAUCGCCUUUGGUAAGAUCUACAUCAUGGUCAUUUCGAUAAUUUUAGGAUAGUUGGCCCGACUGUAAAAUUUUCAUCAAAAUGCAAUCAGUGGCUUCAAUGUAGAGUUUUCAAACACUAAAAAUGGCCGAAAAUCACCUACUGCUACAUGAGGUCAAAUUCAUCUAAUGUUGUAAUGGAUAGAAGAGAAAUUUAUUUAUUUAUUUUAUCAUUA